AUGAGUAAGAGCCAGGAGGCCUGCAGACCACUGUCCUUCAGCUUCACCAUAGACAGUAUACUCAAGCUGAACUCCAGGAGAGCAGACAACAAGACACACAGAGCCUUCAUCCAGAGGAGCCCCAGUGCUGAGAGCCUGCACCCCAGAGGAGAGGAGGAUGAGGAGGAGGCACAGCCCAGACACAGGGGGACACCCCUCUACCAGGCACAAGGUAGUAGAAGUUGUCUUCUCUCCACCACCACCACCCCCACCGCCACCACUCACAGCCUUAACUAUUGCACAGAGCAGUCCCCAAACUUCAGAGACUUAUCUUGCAGAACAGAUAGUCCUGACAGUCUUGAAGGUGGAUCUUCUCCAUCUCCAGAUGAACUCAGCAAGAAGACCAAGCUUUUGGCCAAGAAGAAGACUCGCACCAUCUUCUCUAAAAGCCAGAUCUUCCAGCUGGAGUCCACCUUUGACAUGAAGCGGUACCUGAGCAGUGCUGAGAGGGCAUGUUUGGCCAAUUCUCUACAAUUGACUGAGACCCAGGUGAAGAUCUGGUUCCAGAACAGAAGGAAUAAGCUGAAAAGACAAAUGUCAGCAGAACUGGAGACUCCUGUACCAGGAGAACCCAAUGGGGACCUACCAGUCAUCUACAAAGACACUUCAUUCCUGAGUAGAUGUCUCCUACCAAUGUCCUUCCCUGUCAUCUACCCUGGAAGUAACAUCCCUUACUUGUGCUUCCCAAAUCCAGGCAAAUACUACAGCCUGGCAGAUGGAGAUGUAUAAAGACAAAUUCAUUCUUUUUUUUUUACAUUUGGUUCCUUCUAUGUCAAAAAGACUGCUGGACAUUGGGAGUCAAUUUUUAGCCUGGCCAGGACUUUUUUUUUUAUAUAUGUAUUAUUGCUAUCAAUAUAACAGCAUGUACACUUAUUUUUGUAUAUUUUUUUACAAUAUGAAACCCAUCUUCCA